UUGUUGUCGAAUUGUAAGGCUGACUUAAAUUCAAUCGAGUCUGGCGGGAUCGGGAUAAUAACAGAGAGAGUAAAAUCGGCAGGGAUUACGUUUUUGGUUUUCCGUUUCUCUUAUGAAAGCUGCGUAGGGCGAUCAGUGCUGGGCUGAAUGUGAAAUGAGAGUGUAAUUCUGAAAGUACAACGAAAUUAAAGUUUAGAACGGGGCAGAAAAGCUAAAGAGCUGACACUGAGGCAGUAGCAUGGGAGUCACUGAUCUGUGGUCCAUCCUGGGGCCAGUGAAGAAGCACGUGCCCUUAGAGAGCCUCGCUGGGAAAACGCUGGCCGUUGAUCUGAGUAUCUGGGUGUGUGAAGCACAAAUGGUAAAACAGAUGAUCGGAGUGGUCCACAAACCCCAUCUCAGGAAUCUGUUCUUCUGCAUCUCUUCGCUGAAUCUAUUGGGAGUGAAGCUUGUCUUUGUUUCGGAGGGUGAAGCCCCAAAGAUUAAAGCUGAAACCAUGAGCAAGAGGAAUGAGAUGCGCUACGGGCCUUCUGCCAGUGCUGCACCGCCCAAAGCAGGAAGGUCCUAUUUUAAGUCUGUUUUAAAGGAGUGCCUGCUGAUGCUGGAGUGUUUGGGCAUCCCAUGGGUACAAGCAGCUGGGGAAGCCGAGGCCAUGUGUGCCUACCUGAAUGCCCAUGGCUACGUGGAUGGAUGCAUUACCAACGAUGGCGAUGUCUUCUUGUAUGGAGCCCAGACGGUUUAUCGGAAUUUCACUAUGAAUGUGAAGCAUUGUAAAGACAAGAAUCAGGAGUGGAAGCCCUUGCUUUGAAAUCGAGUGGGUGAAACCAGGUAUGGUCUCCAAUGUUUAUGCCACGGUGGAUGGGGGAGUAAGUAGAUGUUAAUGCCAGGGAUACCCAAUUGGGCUCUGAUACUGCUGUGGAGUAAGACACAAGGGCCAUGGUUGGAGCUUUUUGGCUAAGAUCUUGCCAUUGUAGUUUAGCAACUGCUGAAGACUUAGGUAUUAGAGAUUUCUAGGGUGUGUUGAGAGUUGUAGUUUAGAAACACACUUUGGCUUAUCAGCUGCUCCUCUGGUUCACUGAAACAUUCCCAGCACACAAAAAAAAUCCAAUUGUAUCCCCCCCCCCAAUUAUUGCUACCCCUUAUUAGGG